AUGGCCGACCUCGUGUUCCUCAUCACCGGCGCCAGCAGCGGCUUCGGCAAGCACACAACCCUCGAGGCCCUCAAGCGCGGCCACAAGGUGAUCGCCACGGCGCGGAAAGCCUCGCGGCUCAGCGAGCUCGAGGCAGCCGGCGCGGUCGUCCUGGACCUCGACGUGACCGCCCCUGAAGAGGCGCUCGACGCCCAGUUCAAGGCGGCCAACGACAUCUACGGCAAGAUCACGCACGUCAUCAACUGCGCGGGCUACAUCCUCGAGGGCGCCGUCGAGGAGGUCAGCCAGGCGGAGAUGGCAGCAACCUUUGCGACCAACGUCUUCGGGGCAGCCAACGUGUCGCGCGCCGCCGCACCGUACCUGCGCCAGGCGGCCGCAGACGGCAACCAGUGCGCGAUCGCGCACUUUGGCUCGCUGGGCUCGUGGUCGUCCGGGCCCGCGGUGGCGCUGUACUGCAGCACCAAGUUCGCGGUGACGGGGCUGACGGAGGGCCUGGCCGGCGAGCUGAAGCCGUUCGGCGUCGACGCGUGCGUCGUCGAGCCGGGCUACUUCCGCACGGGGUUCCUGAACGUGGGCACGGACAGCGUGCACCGCGUGCGCGCGGCGCGCGACCUGGCCGUGUACGACGGCACGCCGGCGCACGAGGUCCGCAAGGGCCUCGAGCAGUACAACAACAAUCAGCCCGGCGACGUGGCCAAGGGCGCCCGCGUCAUCGUCGACGUCCUGACCAAGCGCGGCGUCGCCGCCGGCAGGGAGAUCCCCGUCAGGCUCGUCCUCGGCUCGGACUGCGUCGAGGUGAUCAGGCAGAAGAUCAGGGAGACGGAGAAGAUCCUCGAGGAGUGGGAGGCGAUUGCGCGGACGACGGACUAUUAG